UUGAACAUUUGCAACGAAUAAAAAAAUGUCUAAAAUCGGUAAAAUAUUUCAAACACUGAGAAAUCAUUGGAAAAAGAGCAUCUUUUUCACCGGUCUGACUGUUUGGGGAACCCAUUAUGGAUAUGGAAAAUAUUUAGAAUUCAAUUUAAUGAAAGCCUAUUGUCAAGAAGCUUUGAAAUAUGGUGAAGAAAAAAUUGGUCCAAUGGAAACAGCUCGUCAUGUGACUGUAUUAUUGAAUCCAGUGGCUAAUAAACGAAAAGGAAAAGCUGAUUAUGAAAAAUAUUGUGCUCCAUUAUUUCAUUUGGCUGGCUUAAAAGUUUCAUUGGUAAUAAUCGAAGCUGAAGGACAAGUGAAAGACUUGAUGGAAAUUAUGGAUAAUACUGAUUGUGUUGUUGUGGCCGGUGGUGAUGGUACCGUUCAUGAAGCAAUCACCGGUUUAUUAAGGCGAACAGAUUCAUCGGAUGCCAUACGAAGAUUUCCAAUUGGCAUUCUGCCUAUUGGAAAAAAUAAUUCUAUAUCUUAUAAAUUGAAUUCACAAAUCUAUGAUCCCCGAAAGGAUAAAGCAAAAAUUCUUGCCGAAAGUUCCAUGGCUGUCAUAAGACAAACAUUCAAUAAUGUUGAUGUAAUGAAAAUCGAAGGUGAACGUGGUCGGCCUGUUUAUUCGAUUGGAUUCAUGAAUAUUGGCCAAUUACAAGAUGUGCUUCGUAAAGUUGACCAGUAUUGGUAUCUAGGACAACGAAUGAAACCAUAUUUGGCAACGUUUUUCCAAUCAUUUAAAAAUUUAGCUUCACAAUGGGAUGAUAACGAAGAAAUAUCCAUAGAAUAUACAAAACCAUGUACAGGUUGUUCCAAAUGUUUUCAAAGAUAUGAAACGGAUUCAACAAAACCAGAAAUGGAACCAAUAUUAAAAUCCAGUAAUAAACGUUGGUGGCAUUCAUUCAUGCCAUUACCAAAACAGACACCACCUGUUAUUGAUCCAGUGGCUGAAGCUAAAAAACGUUUGAUUGAAACAAUGAAAAAUACUACAAACGAUGAUUGUGAUAAAUGGGAAACAGUUAAACUCAAAUCCAAAAACAUUUUAGUUGAGGAUACAUUUAAUAAUUCAAUACAAUUGACCAUUCAUCCUGCAGAUAUGGAUCGAAUGUCAUUCAUCCAAGAAGGAGCUCGAAUGUAUCGAAACGAAUCACUCGAAAGUGGUACAGUGAUCCAAACUAAAGACUGUCGAAUUCAAACAAUGUUUGACGAUGACAAACCUGUGGUUUCUCAUUUCAAAUUGGUCGAUCAAAUCAAACAACACAGACCAAAUGCAAUCAAAGAAAUUGAUGGAGAUGACAACCAUGUCGUUGAUCAAACGGAACAAAACAUUCAAGAUCCUGAUAAUGAUGAUAAUGAUGUUGGCAAUGUUGAUGAAAAUAUUGGAUGGAUAUCCAUCGAUAAUGAAUGCUAUGAAUUGCCAUCAAAAUUUAAAAUUAGCCUCCUACCUCGAAGUGUCCUUAUUUAUCAUCAUCAAAUCAUGAAUCAAGGAUAAAUCCUUUAUCUGAAAAAUUCAAUGAUGAUUUUCCAAUAAUCGAUUUUUAGUCUGUGAAAAAAAAAAAUUUUUUUUUUUUUUU